AUGGCUUUGAGACCGUCCCUUCUGACAAGAGGCUUGUCCUCAGCUUCCGGCCCCAGUGACACCGGAUCUCCCGCUGAGCAGCGGGAUGAUGCGAAGAAGAACAUGCUGAAAGCAAUGCGACCAUUGCCAACUCAGCAUUAUUGGAAUGUUUACUUUGACAGGCAGCAGAAGGAUCAACAGAAGUCUGCAGAUGGCACCUAUUCUGCUGCCACUCUCGAGCAAAUCGGCACCCAGAUCGAGUCUGUCCAGGACUUUUGGCGUUACAAUAACAAUACCCCCGUCGAUCAAAUCAAGAUGCGAGAGUCGAUUUAUCUUUUUAAACAAGGCUUCCAGCCAGUGUGGGAAGAUCGAAGAAACAUAAAUGGUGGAAGCUGGACAUUUCGAGUGCCAAAAGCAAAUGGGCCUGACUUCUGGACGAGAGUUCAGUUGAUGGCUGUUGGAGAGAAAUUGCAGGGUUGUCUCGAACUUGGGGAUCAACUAUGCGGGGUUGGACUCUCGGUUCGAUUCAAUUCCCAUCUCAUCUCCAUAUGGCACCGUGAUGCUUCCAAACAGAAAUCUAUCGAUGAUUUACUGGCGACAGUACUGGAAGAACUUCCAGCGGAGCUCAAGCCGAAGCCUGACAACUAUUUUUACAAGAAGCAUGCAGACCAUGCUGGCUUUAAAGCACCACCGUCAGACACAACCACCAUCCCAGUCCCCACUAUUGAAGCUUCGCAAGUAUAA